GCCGCCCUAACCCAGACCUUCACCGAAAGCGAAAGUGGACCACCGAACUCCAAGCGCGUGGUACUUGUGUAAUUUCGCAUCGGUAUAAAAAUCCCCUCAGACAUAGAUCACAGCAUCAGUUUCUUUGCAGAAAGAAUCAAACAACCACAAUGUACAAAUUCGUAGUCUUCGCCGCCGCCUUGGCUUACGCCAACGCCGGUCUCAUCGGAGCCCCAGCCGUGGCCUACUCCGCCGCCCCAGCUGUUAGCAGCGCUUACAUCCACCAAGCCGCCCCCGUGGUAGCCGCCGCCCCCGUCGCCUACGCUCACGCCGCUCCCGUGGCCGUGGCUCACGCCGCCCCCGUCGCCAUCCACGCCCCAGCUGUCGGGGCUUCGCACCAGAGCGUCGUCCGCUCCCUUGGAGGCAACCAGGCCGUGUCCACCUACUCCAAGGCUGUAGACAGUGCCUUCUCCAGCGUUCGCAAAUACGACACCCGUAUCACCAAUGAUGCUCUCGCUGUAGCUCACGCUCCAGUUGCUGUAGCUCAUGCCGCCCCCGUUGUCUCCACCUACGCUGCUCACGCUCCAGUCGUUGCUCACGCCGCCCCCGUUGUCUCCACCUAUGCUCAUGCCCCAGUUGCCACCUAUGCUCAUGCCCCAGUUGCCACCUAUGCCGCUCAUGCCCCAGUUGUUGCCACCAAAGCCGCCGCUGUUGCCUACUCCCCAGCUGCCGUUGUCUCUCAUGCCACUUUCUCCGGUUUCGGAGCUUCCUAUGCCUGGUAAAUCAAGACCUGACUGCGAUUUGUACAGAUAGUUUAAUGUAACUUAUUUAUGAAAAUUUAAUAAAAAUUUAAAAGUA